UCUUGACACUUGACGUUACAGAUUAUCGAAUUGUUUGUAAGGUUUCUUCGGAAUGAAAAUGGUGUAAAAACGAAUAACGUGAGAAAGAUGAGCAGGAUUGCGAAAAUGGCUUGUCCGGGAGGUGGUCUGUACGUCGUUGAGAGCGAAGUCUGCCUCCUAGUGACAGCUAUGAGACGAGGUGCACGAUGGUCAUCACAUUCCUACCAGGAUGAUGAUCAGGAUGCUCUUAUAAAAAGUUUAACUACCUUGAAAGAGGCACUGAACGAAGCUAAAGAUUUGUCUCAGUUAGAACCAGGAGUAUUCUUAGCUCCAUUUCUAGAAAUCAUAAGAUCUGAAGAAACAACAGGCCCUGUUACUAGUCUUGCAUUAUCUGCAGUUAAUAAAAUGAUAUCUUAUGGUCUCAUUGAUCAUGAUCAUCCUGUGAUAGCACAAUGUGUAGAGGCUGUUGCGGAUGCUGUUACACAUGCAAGAUUUGUUGGAACUGAUGCAUCAGGAGAUGGAGUUGUUUUAAUGAGAAUACUCCAAGUUCUGAGAGCCCUUAUGUUAUCACCAGCAGGAGAUUACCUUUCAAACGAAAGCAGUUAUGAAAUUAUGACCAGUUGUUUCAGAAUAUGUUUUGAGACACGUCUUAGUGAAUUAUUGAGAAGAACAGCCGAGCAUUGUUUAAGAGACAUGGUGCAACAUCUUUUCACUCGAUUACCACAAUUUGCAGAUGAUACAAGAGUUCUAUUAAAUAUGAAAAAAAUGAGAACAGACAGUAUGGAAAGUACUCGUAGUAAAAACAAAAGAAAUAAGAAUCAUUUCAAACAAAAGGCAAAACCAAAUCUAAAUGAUUUAGAUGAAAUGGAAGCUCCGCUUCUAAGUUCUGUUGAUAGAGUUAAAACAGAUAAUUUGUCAACACCAACUGUUUCUCCUGUAGGAAAUAUAGUUGAUAUGCAGGGUUCAUUGGAUCAAGGAACCAUUGAAAAAACAGAGGAGGAAAAGAGUGAUACUAAAGAUUAUAAUAAAAAAGAUUUAAAUGAGAAAAGUGAAGCCACCAAACAGGAAAGUGAAUUGGAUGAACAAAAGAAAAUACAAGAUGAAACAGAUACAAUGGAAUGCAAAGAGAACAACAAUGAAUCUGAGACAAGUACAAAUACUUUGACAGAAAAAGAACAGAUUUCACAGUCAGAAAAUAAAAGCAUUGAGAAAGAAGAGGCAGACGAACAAAAUCAAAUUAAGGAAACACCUCCAAUUAAACAAGAAAGUCAAGGUAAUUGUAACAACAACAUUUUAAAUAAAUUUAAUAAUUAUAUCGUUUGUAUUAUUUUUGUAGAAAAUCAAUCUGUUGGUGAUGAAAAAAGUAUAGAUUUAAUAACGUCUCCAACAGGAAGUGUAGAAGAUUUGUCAAUAGACGAAAGUAUAAGUAGUGGAUACAAGACAUCCACAGUUAAAGAAUCAGAGCAAGUUGAAGAAUACGUCAAUGCUCAAGGAGUUCGUUUCAUGCCACUCCAGCAAUUAGCACCAUACGGUGCUCUGUGCAUUCGUGAAUUAUUUCGAUCCCUUAUCUCUUUGUGUAGCCCUCUUGAGAAACAAAAUAACGAAGUUAUGAUGCAUCUCGGGCUCAAUUUAUUGCAAGUAGCAUUAGAAAUUGCUGCAGAUGCUCUUUCUAAUUUUCCGUCGUUGCUUGCACUCGUCAAAGAUGAUCUCUGUAGAAAUCUUAUCUUGCUUCUUGGCACAGAUCGAUUAUCGAUUCUUGCGGCAGAUUUGCAAGUAUCGUUUUUAUUAUUUGAAUCGCAAAGAGAACAUUUAAAAUUCCAAAUGGAGCAUUACAUAAGAAAAUUAAUGGAAAUAGUAAAUUCAGACUCCAAUAGAAUAUCAUACGAUCAGCGGGAAUUAGCGCUUGAGGCCAUUGUAAGAUUGUGGCGAAUACCUGGAUUACCCGCGGAACUAUAUAUAAAUUAUGAUUGCGGUUUGUACUCAACUAAUUUGUACGAAGAAUUAAUGAAGCUUCUGUCGAAGAACGCUUCUGCAUUGAUGGGCAAUAUGUACAAUAUGCAAUUUAUUUCAUUGGAUGCCAUAAUUAUGUUGAUUUCUGGAAUGGAAAUCAGGUGUAAAGGUUACAAAGAGUUAUGCAAACCUUCGCGGCAUAGUGCUUCGCCGAAUCUUCCGACACGAGAAGAAUUGCUUGCUAUAAAGGCAAACAAGCGAUGGUUGGUCCUUGGAACGGAAAAAUUCAAUGAAAAUCCACGAGAAGGAAUAUCCAAGCUUACGGAACACAAUCUUCUGGGUGGUAGCCCAGGUAAUCCUGAUCCAGAGAAAGUAGCAAAGUUUUUAAAGGAAAAUCCUGGACUAGACAAGAAAGCUAUCGGGGAAUACAUUAGCAAAAAGGAAAAUAAAAACGUUUUGAAUUGUUUUGUUCAUAAUUUCGAUUUGAGAAAUACACGAGUUGAUCAAGCUCUACGACUUUAUCUAGAAUCAUUCAGGCUUCCUGGCGAAGCGCCACUUAUCUCUUUGUUGCUUGAAAAGUUUGCGGAACAUUGGCACGAUAGUAAUGGCAAGCCGUUUACUUCAGCCGAUGCAGCGUUUACCUUGGCAUACGCCGUAAUUAUGUUGAACGUUGAUCAACAUAAUUACAACGUAAAACGACAGAAUAAUCCGAUGACUGCAGAUGAGUUUAAAAGGAAUUUAAAAAAGGUUAACGGUGGUGCUGAUUUCGAUCAAGAGAUGCUCGAUGAAAUAUAUACUUCUAUUAAGAACGAGGAAAUUGUAAUGCCAGCUGAACAAACUGGUUUGGUGAAAGACAAUUACUUAUGGAAAGUAUUAUUGCGCAGAGGUGCCGGACCUGAGACCUUCUAUUUAAAAAUUGGAAAUGCUGGUGAAUUUAUAGACAAGGAAUUGGCUGAGCAGGCAUGGGCUCCUAUUAUUAGCGCACUUUGUAGAGCAUACGACAAAGCGCCCGAUAAAGCUUUACAACGUCGAGUCGCGGAUACAUUUCUUCGUUGCGCCUCAAUUAGUGCUUAUUAUGGUAUGAGCAGUGAUUUAGACACGCUCGUGGUCAGUUUAUGCAAAUUCACGGGUCUUGCGACUGGCGCCGAACCUGAACAAGUGGUACUGCAUCUUGGUCGUAGCGGCAAGUGUCAGCUAGCCGCGCGUACUCUUUUCAAAAUCUCUCGUAUGCACGGAGACGCGAUAAGAGCAUCAUGGAAGAACAUCGUCGAUUGUCUGCAAUCAUUGUACAAAGCAAGGCUGUUACCAAAGAGCCUCGUCGAGGGAGAAGAUUUUAUAGAUCCAUCAGGAAAGGUAUCUUUGCUUCGGGAACCAACUACGCCCAAAUCACCACCGGUGGAUCAAGGAAUAUUCUCCAGUUUGUAUUCCUACAUAGCUCUGGAUACCUCGCGUAUGUCUCAUCCCGCGGAGGCAACCGCAAGAAAAAGAGUCAUCGAAUUUGUAGCCAACUGCAAUCUCAAACAGAUCAUCGAGGAAAGCAAAUUCUUGCAGGUUGAAUCUCUCCGCUCUCUUAUCGGUGCUUUAGUGUUCUCCAAUACUAAGGAUGAAGACGUGUCGGUGUUCCUAUUGGAGUUACUGCUAGAAGUAACCAUUCAGAAUCGUGACAGAGUGACUUGUAUUUGGCCGAUAGUGCAGCCGCACCUGGACGCACUGUUGACAACAGCCGCGCGAGAAAAUCAUCCUUAUCUUCUUGAAAGGGUGGCCGUUGGAAUGCUGAGGCUAGCAAUCCGAUUGUUGCGAGGAGAAGAAUGCGCAUGGACCGUUCUGCUUCCGCUAUUACCAUUGACUCAUCUGCCGUCUGCGACCGCCGCGCCCCUCGCGCGUCAAAUUGCUUAUGGUUUAUUCGAAUUGUUGAAAACCGGUGCUGCUAAUAUUCACAGCACAGAAGAUUGGCGAGUGGUGUUCAGUUUGUUAGAGUGUGCCGGCGCUGGUGCGUUGUCACCAAAGCAGUCGAACACAGUCCUAGACGAGGUCACCAAUUCUAGAACGUCGGUGUUGGAUCCUAGACCCAUCAGUCCCGUACCAGAGUGGGCGCUAAUGUCUCCCACUGGAACGGAGGCUCCUCUGCCAGUUGCCGCUGAUACAAUCGUUCUGGAUCGCGACUUGCUACCGCACGAUCCUGCUGCUCUUGCUAAAUGUUGCGAAAGCUUAACGUUUCUAGUCAGAGACGUAGCGCAUGUCACUCCAUUUAAUUUCGAGCUGUGCAUUCGUUGCGUGAGGACCUUUGCCGAAGCGGUUCUUCAGAGCACGGGAAAGAGGAGCAGAGUGUGUAACACGACGAAGGAAGCCGCCGGUUACCAGCAGAGUUCCAUUCAGUUGUUAGAUCUGAUGCACACGCUGCAUACCAGAACUGCUCAAGUGUUUCGAUGGUGGGCAGAGGAGGGUAACGCCAUGGAAGGAGUCUCUCUGUGGUCGCAGGUAUGGAGGCCUUUGUUGCAAGGCAUAGCGAGAUUGUGCUGUGAUGCUCGCAGACCAGUUCGUACCGCAGCCAUAACGUAUCUUCAAAGCACUUUGCUCGCCCACGAUUUAACUCAGUUGUCGGCGGUGGAAUGGUCUCAGUGUUUGGAGCAGGUGCUUUUCCCUCUGCUGGCUCAGCUUCUGGGGCCGAUAGCAUCGAACGAUCCUAUCGGCGUGGAGGAAACAAGGGUCAGAGCAGCGAUGUUACUAUCCAAAGUAUUCCUUCAUCACCUGAACCCUCUGCUUACUCUUCCCGGGUUCUUGCCUCUCUGGCUCACCGUUCUAGACCUGUUACGGGCUUACAUGCACGCGGACAACAGCGAGCUCCUCUUUGAAGCGAUACCCGAAUCGUUGAAGAACAUGCUACUGGUGAUGUCUUCCGCCAAUGUGUUGGCUCCGAACUCGAAUUUGUGGGCGCCUACCUGGAGAACUAUCGACAGUUUCUUGCCCGAUUUGAAGGCUGAACUGUUCUCUGAACCACUUCCGCCCCCGAUACCGUUACAGGCGCAGCAAACUUCACAAGUUAUCAGCUUGGUCGAGCAGCAGCAACAGCAAACGUCGUUUUCUGGGUCCUUGGCGCUGCAGCCGGUAAGCGUGCCAGCCAGUGAAACGGAACAUUCGCCGUGCCAAGAAAAAGAGACGAAACCUGUAUCCGUGACGGAAACUCCAAGUUCUAGCCCAACGAACAAUCCCGUGUCGAUCUCGAUACCCUUGGCGCCCUUGUCAUUCGAGAUCAAAGAAUCGCAACAGGUGAUCACGCUGGUGAAUCAGCAGCCACCGAGCGUUUCUAGUCCAGUCGCGGUGCAACCAGCCGCGCAACAAGUGUUCGACGUUUGUCAAUCCACCCGUCACACGAGCAUCGAAUAUUUAGAGCAGAAGCGAAUAUCAACGGACGAAGAUGAUUUUGAACGAUUACCAAAGAUUAGUCAGAGCAACGAGCAAGAGCACGACGUCUUGAUCAAUUACGAAGAAUGGAAACAACAGCAACACUCUGUACAGUAUAUACCGUAUAAGCGGGGACCGCAAGACGUUGGAACGAUGAACUCCUCGCAUCGCGCGAACUCGUCCGAGACGACAUCUGUAGAUUCUACGGCGGCGACGAUGUUUAAUUCUGCGGCGUAUUUUAGCGAGGAUCCCGCGGCGGAUCGACUAUUCGCCGUGACUAAUCCUUGACCACUGUACAUUCGUUAUGUAUAUUGUAU